GCUUCGCUCCUUCUGCUUUCUAACAGAGGCCAGUCGGGGUGGAGCUUUUUCUCAGGUGACUUGCUCUGUCGCUGCUUCCCAAGCAUCACAUUUCUCAACAACGAUGUCACCAAUACUAAUAUAUUCUUAAUACUGGGGUAGGUGGUGACAGUAGGCAAGUGGCAUAAGGUGGCAUGGAAGACGGGCUAGCGACAUCGGCUGUUCUCAACUCCGAUAUCCACUUCAUUGGUUGUGACUUACCAGUUCGGAGAUUCAGUAUCGCAGUCGACGAAGAGGAUGUGGUCCCGGGGGCCCUACGGCUCAUUAGCAGGCUCCGACCCAAGUGGGACCUCCAGCAGGUGAAGACCAAGCUUUUCACAGAUGGAAUAACUAACAAGCUUGUUGGCUGCUAUGUGGAUGAAGCAAUGGAAGAUGUGGUCCUUGUACGUGUGUAUGGACAUAAGACAGAGUUAUUUGUCGACCGUGAUAAUGAACUUCGUAGUUUCCAGGUGCUUCAUAUGAAUGGCUGUGCUCCCAAUCUGUAUUGCACUUUUACAAAUGGACUAUGUUAUGAGUUUAUGAAGGGCCUUGCACUGGGGACAGAGCACGUCAGACAGCCAGCAAUCUACAGAUUAAUAGCAUGUGAGUUGGCAAAGAUCCAUUCAAUUCAUGCUCAUAAUGGCUGCAUCCCGAAGCCUAAUCUCUGGCAAAAACUCAGAAAGUAUAUAUCCAUUGUUGCGUCAGAGUUCACAGCUGAAGCGUCAAAUAAAAGGAUACAGCAGAGUCUCCCAAGCUUGGAGCUGUUAGAACAGGAAGUGAGAUGGAUGAAGGAGCACUUGUCUAUGCUGAAUAGUCCUGUUGUGCUUUGCCACAAUGACCUGCUUUGCAAAAAUAUUAUCUACAAUGAAAAAGAAGGUCAUGUCAGGUUUAUUGACUAUGAAUAUGCUUGUCAUAAUUACAUGGCCUUUGAUAUUGGGAACCACUUCAAUGAGUUUGCAGGUGUGAAUGAGGUUGAUUACAGUCUAUAUCCCAGUACUGACUUGCAGUAUGAUUGGCUUCGAACCUACCUUGAAGCUUAUAGGCACUUUACGAGGAAAGGAGGAAAAGUGACAGACAACAAUGUGGAGACACUGUAUGUUCAAGUCAACAAGUUUGCACUAGCAUCUCACUUCUUCUGGGGAUUCUGGGCUCUAAUCCAAGCAAAAUAUUCCACAAUAGACUUUGAUUUUUUAAGAUAUGCUGUUUGUAGAUUUGAUCAGUAUUUCAAGAUGAAGCCACAUGUGAUGACUCUGCAGUUACCAGAAUAAAGUUUCUGUUGAGUGACCAGCAGGACCAAAAGCAUGACCCUCCCCUAAUGAUUACAUCUUGAUAGAGACACUGUACAGUGCAGGGAUACUGUUAAUGGACACUGUGUCGGGGGAUAGUUUGCACAAUCUCGUCUUUUAUGGACUGCUUCUAAAAUGAAGGAAAAGACAAAGGAAAAGUCAUUUGACCAUGCUAAAGCAAAAUUGUUCCCAGCUGUGUCUUGGAAGGAAAAAGAGGUUGAGUAACUUCUGUGUAGGAUCACGCAACAUGCAUGUGCAGCUGUGAUAGAAUUCCGGUCUGGGUAUUAAAAUGUGCAAUUUGCUGCCCUUAA